AUGAUCUCCAAUAUCGGUUCCUCUCCGGCGGGCAAUCAGCCGUUUCUUGUCACUCUACCCAAGGGCGGACUGCUGAUGCCAACGAUACGAAAGCUCACCUUUCAGGUACGAUUACUUCUUUACAGCUUAAAGUUAGGUAUCCUGACUAUUCAGCACUUGGUAUACUAA